UUCUCCUCACUGACAGCCUUCCGCUUGAGGUAGAAUCCCUGGCCUUCGACUCUGUGAAAUGCAAGUGUUCGAUUAUUGCAGGGAUUCUAUGAUGCCAACGAGGGCCCUUAUAUUCGAUCUGGGUUACUACCCGAGAUAUGAUCCAAUCUGAAGCAAACAAACCAUCAUGAUACCACCAACCUGCAUAUGCUACCUAUCCUCCAUGAACAUUCCGGACUGACCGUCAGUGUCAAUGAGGCUCAACAAGAUAUCCAUACCCAACGCUGCAUCUGGUCGCAGAUAUGAAAGCACCGGGGUCGCGUCGUCGUCCAUGGCAAAAGAAACGGCAUAGUGAAACUGUGAUACAGGAGACUCAUCAAACCACAAGCCUCAGAACAUCUACGAGUUUUACUGCCGUCAAAAGAUAUACAAGAUGGGAUCCAACGACGCGGAAAUCACUGUCAGCAACUACACCGGUCAAGGAGGGCACAUAACCCUGAGGGCUGCAAUCGAAGAGACCCUCGGCGACAACGCAAUCUCGGGGAGCCUCUUCAGCCGGAUACGGGGUAUGCUGGAGGUCACACCACGCGACCUGAAUGUGACCAAGACCCUGGCAAGCUCCAACGGUAUCCCUUAUACCGCGCGACGCAAGGUGUGCCUGUUCACGAAGGCCCCUGGAGGAUGGCGAUCAGAGAAUCUUGACUUCUACAUUAUUGAGGCUCAGGAGAAGAAUAUCAUCGGCCGAUAUGACAUUGUUCUGGGGAAGGCCUCGGCGGAUAAGCUCUGCCUGAAUGAUACGUCCAAGCAUGUGGCUCCAACCUAUCUUGAUAAGGGGAAUGAUCCCAAGAAAUUCGACAAGGAAUCGGAGGAGAAAGGCAAAGCAGGGCGGGAGAAGGCUCUACAGGCCGAGGCUGAAUCCGAGAGGAUCAAGAAGGAGCGAAACGCAAAUCAGAAAUAGUCUACAACAACCAACUGAUAUGAUGCUGGGAUCUGGUCAAGUCUUUGUAAAGCCAGAGUACUCGUAGAGUGCGCGGAAUCUGACAGCAGUACAAGCCAUG